CAGGGAAACGACGCAAGUGAGGGAACCAAGGAUUUCAUUUAACCGACCUGAGACGGGGCCAUAAUAUAUCUAUGAUCGUGACAGCGUGUGUCAAUCGAUUUCCGGGUCAAGUGAUCGAGGAUAGAGGAGUCGAGGAGGUACAUUGGGGCCCAAUUCGAAACCGCACCCUACACCGUACUCCUACGCACUUCUACUCCGUUUGCGUGUUCGCGUGGAGGGUUCUCCACUAAAUCCCGUUCCAAUCAAACAAAGAACAUGUCUGCGGCUAAAGUGAAGAUGCGAGGGAAGAAGAUGAGGAACCAGCCCUCCAGUGUUCAGUAUGUGGAGAGCGGCACACAGAACGGUGGCGGUGGUGAUGAGGGUCCAUCUAGCAUCCAUCCCUCUACAAAAAGGCAGACAAACACCCACCAACGGGGUGGAUGGGUCCGUGGACACCAGAAAGAUGGUGGGGGCUACUCUAGGGAAAUGCCCAAUUACAUCACAGCUGGAGCUUUUGCCAGGGCCAGGGCGGCAGAGGUAAGCACCAUGCUUAAAGCCGUAACCAGGACAACGGGCAGCUGCCAUGUGUUUGGAGCCCUGCCUAAACACAUGAGGAGAAGGGCCAUGAGCCACAACACCAAGCGCCUCCCUUGCAGACUAAGAGAGGUGGCUAACAGAAUGCGGGAAAGGAGCCUACAGGCCGGCCCCAAGAAGAAGAAGGAACAGGCAAAGAGCAAGAGCCGAAAGGCGCGUCGCCGCCACGGAAAUCUGCUGCUGGAGUUCAAUCGCCGCCAGAGAAAGAACGUCUGGCUGGAAACGCACAUUUGGCACGCCAAGCGCUUCCACAUGGUUAAAAAGUGGGGAUACUGCCUUGGGAACAAGCCCACCUACAAAUGCUACCGCUCUUGUCACAGGGCAAUGAGCGGCCACUGCCUGCUACAGGACCUAUCUUACUAUUGCUGCAUAGAGCUUCGGGGAGAGGAAAAAAAGCUGCUGGCUUCUCUCUCACAACUGACCAGCAAGGAGACCGGUCCCACCUUUGCUGCAGCACUGUGUCUAUCAGGGCGCAGACAGGGCAGUGUGGUGGUGUACAGAGCAGGACAGUACCCCACGCAGCCCCUGGGCCCUGUCACCUUCCUCUGGAGACCCCGUUCACAGGAUUUAACCAACAGGCAGCUGUGGAUCUGGGCUCAUCCCUCUAUUAAACAGGACCUUCUUCUGGAGUUACAAAAGGUGUGCCAGUGUUGUGACCCUGUGGUUCCUCCAGUGGUGUCACCUGCUGAGGUUUUUCCCACCCUACAAUUGGAGCCAAAGCCUGAGAAGACCUCCGAUGCCAAGCAGAUUACUGAAACCAAGAGAAAGCGAAAAUGUAAGGAUGCCAGUGGACCUCCUGCCAAGAAGAUUCUUGGAGAUGGAACCAGAUCUCCCAGCACCCCGGUGACCUGGAAGUCCAGCUCAAAUCGAAUAGUUAUAAGUGAUCUCACAAUGGAAAUAGUUCGCUAUCGCCUGAUUGGACCACAGUCCUUUUCUGUUCUGGCGGAAACCAUGGAAGCAGCUACGGACUCUAAUGAAAUAAAUAUAUCCAAGCCCUCUCACCUCUGGUGGCCUGAGCAAUGCAAAAGCGAGAGCAAGAUGAACCUGCAUCAACAACAAGCUCAUGUCUUUCAUAUACUAAAAGGCAUCUUUUUGACUGGAGAGCUGCCCUCAGGCACAGUGCUGGGUCUGACUGUAGAUGACCCCAGGCUGACUUUACCUACAAAGAAGGUUAAAGCUUUGCCCUGUGUAAAGCCUGCACAAGAGAUGGACGAGAAGAGGAGGGAGCUGAUGUUGCAAGGAGUUCCUGAACUCUGCUGUCAGAGUGACCUGUGGGAGCAGUCGGUCCGCAGCAACGUCGCUGAUAACAAAACAUCCGAACAGGAGUUGAACCGUAUGAGGAACGAGGUGCUGGUUCCAGGCUCCAGACUGAGCCCCACCCCUCCGCAGGGCAGAGUCCCCAUCCUGCUGGUUCAACAGCCUGGCAAGCAGGUGGGAAAUGAGAUGAGGUCCUGGGGGGCUGGAUGGGACCUACUGCUUCCCAAAGGAUGGGGCAUGGCCUUCUGGAUCCCAUUG